GGAUAAAAUAUAACAUGGGAUUCCAGCAACCAAAAAAACAGGAUUGUGUUUCCAGCAAUAACCAGGAUAGAAGAUUAAGAAAAAAUACUGCAGACAGAGCAGCAAUGGUUAAGCGGAGCAAUUCAUUAGAGUCAUCUGAAAGUGUGCCCACCAAGCUUCAAAGCACUGACAGAAGGCAAAGCAGCAUCAUGUUUGCUAUGAAAGAUCAACAGAAAGGUGAAGAAAUUAAUUCCAUCAAGCUCCAUAAACGCAGGAGGAGGUUUAUAAUUAAAAAGAGCCCAAUUCUGAUUUCCAUGAACAGCUCCAUUCUCAACCUGCCCACACUUAAAUAUGAGGAUAGAAACAACAGCAAGUGGAAAAAUCUCUAUCAGAUCCAAGGAGAAAGGAAGCGGAUUAUGAGGGAAACUUGUUCAAAAUACAAGAGUAAUAACAGAAGAAUAAUCACUCCUUAUCAUGUGUCUAGAAUAUUUGUAGAAGACAAAUACAGAGUUUUGUACUGUGAAGUGCCAAAAGCUGGCUGCUCUAACUGGAAGCGGGUGCUGAUGGUGCUGAACGGGCUGGCCUCCUCCACAAAGGACAUCCAGCACAACACCGUGCACUACGGCAACUACUUGAAACGGCUGGAUGGGUUUGACCACAAGGGAAUUUAUCACAGGCUCAGCACUUACACAAAAAUGCUAUUUAUUCGCGAGCCCUUUGAAAAGCUGGUGUCUGCAUUUCGGGACAAGUUUGAACAUCCAAACAACUACUACCACCCGGUCUUUGGAAAAGCCAUCAUUUCCAGAUACCGCGUCAAUGCCACCAAAGAAGCACUGAGGACAGGCUCUGGAGUCAAGUUUAAAGAGUUCAUUCAGUAUCUCCUGGAUGUACACAGGCCAGUGGGUAUGGAUAUACACUGGGAUCAUGUCAAUAGGCUUUGCAGCCCAUGUUUAAUAGAUUACGACUUCGUUGGGAAAUUUGAAAGUAUGGAAGAAGAUGCAAACUUUUUCUUGCACUUAAUUGGUGCUCCACAAAACUUAACUUUCCCCAAGUUUAAAGAUCGUCACUCCAAUGAAGAAAGAACUACCACUAAAAUUACACAGCAGUAUUUUGCACAGCUUUCUCCUUCUCAACGACAACAAAGCUAUGACUUUUACUAUAUGGAUUACUUGAUGUUCAACUACUCAAAACCUUUUGAAGAUCUAUAUUAAUUUGAGAGCCUGGGUAUUUCCACAGUCGCAUCAGUUGAAUUGUGUGACAAAUCCAGGUGGCAUCUGUUUAUAUAUACUUACUUACCUGUUAGCAAACAAUUGGUUGAAGAGCAGGGAAAAAUGCAAACCAGAAUAUAAACAGAUGUUUACACUUUCACCUUAAUUGCCUCCUUUUUCGAAUCAUAUUUUUUUCUAUAAUUUCUCCACAUGAAAUGUAUGUACAUAUAUGUAUAAUAUGUCAGGGCCCCCAAAUAAAGCACAGAAUUUUUCA